AGACGGCGCUGGUACAGAUGAGGGAAAAGUCCCGUUGUCAACUGCGACAAAAGGGCUGGCGCUGUUCGAAAAGAGGCCCUUUUCCGUCGCCGCCCCUUCUCCGCCACCCCUAACCGCCUGGCUUCCUGUAAACCGGGCGGCAGAAAGGGGUGCCGAGUUUUCUCCCUCCUCCCCUAUCCUCGCUCGCUCCCUCGUUGGAGGCUCCUUUCUCCCGCCCUCUCCCGCGGGCUGCUAUAAAGCUGAGGCGCGGUGCCGUCGGCGAGUUUUUCUGGUGUUGUCAGGAGUGGCCGGCGAAGCAGCAGCUGCUGUUGGUCCUCUUGCCCGGCGCUUCGCCUUUCCUACCCGCUCACUUCUUCCCAUCUCCUCUCUCAACUUGGCGCAGUCAGCUGCGGGGGUGUAGCUCGCGUUCAAAAGAGGCUGCUAUCCGGUAGGACCAGAUCUUUAAAUAAUUAUCUUCAACCCCAGUUUUCUCAUGAUGGCCAGCACCAUUCCUCUUGAUGCAGUUGGUCAAAGAAUCUUCUGUAAUGGUGAAUAUGGAACUGUGCUCUAUGUUGGCAGUGUUCCUCCUACAACAGGACUUUGGCUUGGAGUGGAAUGGGACAACCAUCAAAGAGGAAAGCAUAAUGGUAGUCAUGAAGGAAUACAAUAUUUCAAAUGCAGGCAUCCCUCAGGGGGAUCCUUUAUCCGUCCAAACAAGGCAAAUUUUGGAGUAGAUUUCAUUUCUGCUGUGAAGAAGCAAUAUGGAUUGAAUGAAGAUGAGCAAGAUGCUGAGAGUGGAACAGGAUUAUUAGUGAUCGGAAGGAAGACCGUAGAAACUAUCGGGUUUGAUGCCAUUAAAGAAAAACAAAAGCAAUUGAAUAUAUUGAAUGACAUCUCAGUAGAUGAAUGUGCAGUAAGCCGGGCUGGUACAGAGGGCGAAAUAAGGAGAACAUGCCCGAAUAUCAAGCGAAUAAAUUUAUCAAAAAAUCUGUUGUCAUCUUGGAAGGAAGCAAUGGAUAUUGCCUGUCAAGUUGAAAGUCUUGAAACUUUUAAUCUCAGUAAAAACAAAAUGAAAUUUCCAUCUACUCCACCACCUGCUUCAAGAGCAUUUUGUAAUCUGAAGAUUUUAGCACUUAAUCAAACAGGAGUGACAUGGACAGAGGUUCUUUUAUGUGCUGCAGGAUGGCCAGCUCUUGAAGAACUGCACCUUGCUUCCAAUGACAUCUCACUUUUAAAAAGACCUAUUGAUGUCCUACAUAACUUGAAAUGGUUAAACGUUUCAGACAACCAAUUAACUGAUGGAAAUCAACUUCAUCUAAUCGCAGAUCUCCCAAGGUUAGAAAGACUAAUACUUUCAAACAAUGGAAUUUCCUCCAUACAUUUUCCUGAUGUAGGAUUUGGUUGCAAGACUAGAAUGUUUCCUUCCUUAACACAUCUUGUAGUAAAGAACAAUAGAAUAGCAGAAUGGUCAGUUAUCAAUGAACUUGAUAAACUACAAAAGCUUCAAUCAUUUGAUUGCCGGAAUAAUCCUUUAAUGGAUAUAGACAAAAACAUAGAGACUGUGAAGCAGCUUAUUAUUGCUAAAAUAGGCCAGUUAAAACUUUUGAACAAAUCUGAGAUCUUCCCUGAUGAAAGGAGGGGAGCAGAACUUGAUUAUAGGAAAAAAUAUGGAAUUGAAUGGUUAAAGGCUGGUGGUAAUCAGGAUCCCAACAAAAACAACACAAGUGAAGAAUUUCUUGCUGCCCAUCCCAGGUUCCAAUUACUUUGUGACAAAUAUGGUGCCCCUGAAGAUGGAGAGCUGGAAAGAGAACAGCCUUUCUCCCUAAAAAAUCAGCUGUUGGCUUUGACCUUUAAGUGUCCUGAGAAACCUGACCAAAAGCCCAUAGAGAAGAAGCUACCAGAAACUAUGACUAUUCAGAAGGUCAAAGGAUUGCUGUAUCGGCUACUUAAAAUCCCAGGUUCAGAACUGAAACUAUCCUAUGAAAGUUCUAAAAUGAAAGGCAAGGAAUUUGAACUAGACAAUGAUCUAAAGCCCUUGCAAUUUUACUCUAUCGAAAAUGAAGAUUGCAUUCUAGUACGAUGGUAACAGCUGCCUUUACAUCUUUUAAAGAGAAGUUGUAUGCUGCUAGCAGAGCCUCUACGCAAGUGUAUAUAUUGAUUUUUACCUGUAUUAUGCGGAAGAACCUUGAUAUGAAAAAAUUGAAAGCUUAUUUACUAGGCAAACUAGUAGAUACUGUACUUUGUUAAUAAAUGUCUCUUUAAAAUGG